CUUGUAUUGUCUUGCUACCUGAUCCAUCUGAUCAUGCCCACCGGCAUCCUCAUCACCACCUUGCAGGCGGCUGGCUUGUCAGCGAUUUCAAACACACUAGCCCAAUUCAUCAAGGCCAAUCGAGAACAGCGCCCACUGGGAGUCAGCCUCCGGCCGUUCCUUCAAUUUGUCUUAUUCACAAUCAUUUCAUGUCCGCCCAACAUCCUAUGGCAGGAUUUCCUCGAGGACAAAUUCCCAGGCUACACAUACGAUGUCUCGACCGGAACCAAGUCCCUUGACAAGGCCAACACCGCGCGCAAGUUUCUGUUCGACCAGACUUUAGCUGCAUUUAUCAACACACUAGCUUUUGUCGGCGCCAUGGCUGCAUUCAAGGGCAAAAGCCUGCAUGGCAUUCAAAGAGAACUCGAGAGGGACGUCGUACCUCUCAUGAUCAGUGGCUGGAAACUCUGGCCCCUCGUCUCCAUCAUCAACUUCACCCUAAUCCCAGUCGACCGACGAGUCAUCCUAGGCAGCGUGGUCGGCUUGUUCUGGGGUAUAUACCUGAGUCUUUUUGCGGCAGUAGAUUGAGUCCACACGCUCUCUCUAGUCUUCUCGGAUUUUUUUGUUUGAAAAACAAAAUAAGAUUAUCGACUACUAAGUACUACUUACUUAGUUAAUUGGGCAAUUGAGAACAGGGUGAUGAGUCGACGAGUCCUUAUGCUUCGGACAGGCGCUGCCUCCUUGCACCAGAAUCAACCUGGUCGCAUGGUACUGGAGGGCAAUUGGCUACCCAGACAAUAAAUCUGGACCACUCCGACAUCUAGCAGCAGCUCAUCCCGCAGAGACCACCGUACGGUUACACGACUACUUCACCUCGAAUCUCGCGGUCUUCAGCGAUAAUAAGACCCUGUUCAUAUUAUAUGCUGGGGUGUGGGGGAUCUGGCUUCUGGGAACAAGCAAUGUAAGACCUAGUCGCACAACGAGCAGUCAAGCAAGAACGAGCUAUUGCUCGACAACCAACAUGGCUGCCCAUUUCAACGGGUGUUGAUGUCGUAUGGGCCUAGUUGUCGCGGGGGGCUCCAGAUAUAUUGAUAUUAAGGGCGAUCUCCACGAUCUGCUGGCAUCGCCUCUUGUCACGGCGCGCUAGAUUAGACAUCAAUGGGGAAAUUUCAUGUUUUGGAAACAUGUGGUGUUCAUACAACAGUCUCUGUA